AUGGGUUUCAUAGUGCUCCCUGCAUUGAUCCCCGACAUUAGUGCCGUGUACGACGUCUACUUUGCAGCCUUCAAAGACAAAGCAAUCACGCGGGCCCUCUUCCCAUCGGCUACAGUAGCCGACUUGGUCGAUGCAAAGUCAGAGUUUCGCCAGGGCCAUACAGCUCACACUCUCGAGUGGUGGAAAACUAGCCUGACGCAAUAUACCUACAAAUGUGUCGAUACCGAAACCAAUCGGGUUAUCGGCAUGUCGCUCUUUGAUGUCUAUGUAACACCAAGUGACUGGAAAAAGGGCGAGAUUUCGUGGCUGGAAGGGAAGGAACGUGAGCGAGCCGAGAGUUUCGUUAUGCCGCUUUGGAAUAUGAGAGAGAAACUGUGGCUUAACGAGCGCUACGUGUAUUGUCACGUCAUGGCGGUGCAUCCAGACUUUCAAAAGAGAGGUAUUGGUGAGCUCAUGUUUAAGUUUGGCACAGCAAUUGCACAGCAAGCUAAGCUGCCAUUGUACAUUGAGAGCUCAGCGGACGGAAGAAGAUUGUAUGAAAAGAUGGGAUGCAACAAACUGAAAGUAAAGGAAAGCUUAGUAGAUGAUGGUCAAGAAGCUCCGCUAUUCGUAUGGAUGCCAGAAGGAGCAAGUCUACCCAAGGCUGUAAAAUUGGCAUGA